AUGACUCUCAGGGGCCGCAUUUCAUCGCCUUUGGAGGCCGGCACCUCUAUUCUUGACGUCCAGAACCUGCCGCCACAUCUUAAUGAAGCCCUCGAGUAUGCCUCAAAGAGGCUCGCCAGGAAGGGCCUUCACGUAACCCUAGUCAUCGCCAGGCGGGAGUAUCAACUUCCUAGACCCGUCCCAUCAUCUUCCGUGCUCACCUCGCCUACGAUGUCGCCUCCUGCAUCACCGCCAACCCCUUCCUCUCGCUUUGGCUUCGCCUCGCCAGUCUCGUCGUUCAAGAAGCUCGUUAGAACCAACACCGGCUCCAGCAUCUCAUCGGUUUCUACUGUUUCUUCAGCCGGAAGUGAAAGUCAGCGCAGCCCAGAGACCUUCACCUUCACUCCCUCCUUCUUGAUGGAUACCAAUGGUCCAAGAUUGAGAUGGCCUUUGUCCCCGGGUAUCCCACUCUCGCCACCUCCAAUGACCCCCUCGGUUGCGUCUUCAAUAAUCACGGACGCCUCUGGGCCUAUGUCGCCCAACCCUUUUGGCAUCCGCCUCAUCCACGCAGAUCUGCUGACGGAUAAGCAAGAGAGGACGCUCCGCCAAACCAUUGAGCGCGCAGAGAGGAAGUUCCGCAUUGGAACCGAGUGGCUCCCACCAGUUGUAGAUGGCUCAUCCUGUGGCCUGACAAGCAGCUUGAUCCGCUGCUCUAUCAUCCAGAAUGAAGUCCUGUUCGCCUCCGAGGGUUUGACUCUGGUCUCCUUGGACCGCCUUUACACUUUCAAGGCAGCUCUGUCCAGCUACUCACGCACGGGCGCACCGCUGAGGCUCGAAGAUGCCGUUGAUGAGCUUCGCCGUCUCAUCCUCUCCCGCGCGGGCAGGAAGGUCUCCAAGUCUGACCUCCUCCGCUCCUAUGACUGGCUCAGCGUCACCGAUGCCGCUCUGUCAGAUGUCGACAAGAUGUACCGCAGGGCAUACGGCGGCGUGGACCACAUCGGCGCCAUCGAGGGAGUCGGCUCUGCGGCUCAGGUGGAGAUGACCAUGAAGGAGCUCGAGAAGGACGUUGACGAGACCAUGGCCGCGGCCAUCAGCACCAUCAAGAUCAGCAAGCCACCAUCGCCCAAGGGCCCCGUACUGAAGCUGCAGACCAACUUCGACACCGAGCCGUCCCCACCCAUCGUUGAGGCCGACGAGCUUUCGGAGGAUGAGGACCUGACAGCCCGCCCGGAGCGUCAACCGCUCGUAUCCAUUUGGAGCCCCGUAUCCAUCGCAGAGGUUCUGCAAGAGGACCGCUUGCACGACAACGGUCAGAAGCUGGGCCCGAUGACACCCAAGGGAUACGACGACAUCUCGCCCAUCACCAGAGGAGAAUGGGGUUUCCUUAUGGGCCCUAGCGGCGUCGGCGGUGGCCGGACGGCACCGGUCGUGACUUGCUAA